CAUUUCCACACUCUUGGGCGGUGCAAUUAAAAACCCUACUUUGCUAUCCCAUCCCUUUCUCUCUCUAACCCCCCACAAAAUUUUGAACCCUAGUGCUCUUUCUCUCUCCUCUCUCUCAUGGCGUCGCCCGCGCGGGAAGAGAAGCAGAAGCAGGCAUUCGAAGGAUUGGGUGCUGGUGGAAAGUUCCGGAAGACGCCGUUUCGACGGACUACCCAAGCGACACCUUACGAUCGGCCACCAACGACUUUACGAAACCCUAGCGCCGCCAACGAUGGCUGGCUCUCGAAACUCGUCGAUCCGGCUCACCGUCUUAUCUCUAACAGCGCCCACCGCCUUUUCUCCUCCGUCUUUCGGAAACGCCUUCCUCCGCCUCUGUCGCCUUCGACAGGGGUAAAUCAUGAAGCAAAUAUGAAGGAGAAAGAAGAAGUUACAAUGGAUCUUUCUGGAGUGCUAAGAGGCAGAAUUGAUCAAUGUUCUGAUCCAAGUCAUCCAAGUACUACUGAUGACGGAGGCAAGCUCACUGAUCUUGAGCAAAUUUUAGAGCAGAAAACCUUUACCAGAUCUGAAAUUGAUCGAUUGACAGAGCUGUUGCAUUCAAGAACUGUUGACAUGCCAAUUGAGAAUCUUGAGAUAAGGUCUGAAGGAAUACCUUCAAAAUCGGCGGCUCCUCAUGACAGAAAGGAGGAAUUUCCUAAAACUCCAUUGCUGGACAAAAAUGGGAUUGAUAGCCGCCUUGCUUCAAACCCUGUUGUUAGUACAAGUGUCCUUGAUGAAGAUGUUGCUUCUCCUGCAGAGCUCGCAAAAGCUUACAUGGGCAGUAGGCCUUCAAAAGUAUCUCCAUCAAUGUUAGGUUUGUGUAGUCAAACACACCAUGAAGAUUCACCUAUUUUGAGCAGUGUACCAUUUCCUUCAAAAUCGCCAAUGAUGUCACUUGUGCCAAGGAAUUCUGGCAGUGAGUGGGCUCCACAAAAUGGUUUUGUGACCCCUAGAUCUCGAGGUAGGUCUGCUAUAUACAGCAUGGCUCGAACGCCAUACUCUCGAGUUCACACGACGAGUACUUUCAAGGGUGCUGGGUCUACAUUUAAUGCUUAUGGUGGUGCAUCAUCAUCUCAGUCUGUAUGGGAGCACAGCCAGCCUUCUGGAUCUAAACAAGGGGCCUUGAAGCGCAGAUUUUCAGUCCUAGACAGUGACAUAGGAUCUGUUGGUCCUAUUCGCAGAAUUCGUCAAAAACCUAAUCUUCUUUCUUCUAAAGGCUUGAGCUCACCAGUAUCAAGCACUACAAUUCUUGGGGCCACAAUAAGUUCUGAGUCUGCUCAAAACUUGUGGAAGCCACUAUCAUUGGGUGAACCUAAGCACAAAGCAUUAUCAGAAAAUGGAGACAAUGCAGGUCCUAGUACAAGUUUCUCUACUGUUCCCUCAAAGUCCAGUGAAAUGGCUUCCAAAAUACUUGAGCAACUUGAUAAGUUGGUCUCUCCAAAAGAGAAAUCAUCUGAGUCCAUUCUACAUAUUGUGAGAGACAAAUCGCCAACUAAGCUUUCACCAUCAAUGCUACACGGUCAGGCUCUGAAAAGCCUGGAUCAUGUGGAUUCAUCAAAAUUUUUGGACAAUGCACUUAAUAAUGAUAAUAAUAAUAAUAAUUGUAAUUCUAAGUUGGAUGUUUCCGCUUAUCACGUGAUACCAGAUGCUCGAGACUUCACCUCUCAAAAGAAGGAUAAGGUUAGAGAAAAUGGCCCACUUACGAUUGGUGCUCUUUCUGACAGUUCAACUAUACUAAAUGGAGCAGAUUCUGCAACAGAAAAGAAGGAUAUUUUGCAAAAUGUUAAAACUACAGUAUCUGCCGCAUCAAACUCUGUUCAUCCUCCACAAAAGAAACGGGCAUUCAAGAUGAGCGCACAUGAGGAUUUUCUGGAUCUGGAUGAUGACGAUGAUUAUAAUGGGGUUGUAUCCGAUUCAAGAGGAAAGGCGGAGGCAACUUCGACCAAGAAUACUCCAGUUUACUCUGACGUGAAGACUUCAGCUUCCCCUUUUGUAUCUUCAUCCAGCUUGCCCAAUGUUGCAGCUACUCAGCCAUCCUUUACAUAUGAUAUAGUUGAUCUCCCAAAAGAAUCACAUGCUGGUCUUCCCACUUUUAACUAUGGGGGUAAUGUUACUUCAGUUAAGGGUUCAGAUGCAGCUACUUCUCUGUUUGAGUUUGUUGGCUCUAAGAGUGUUGACAAAGUUGCACUGCCCGAGUCUGCUUUUACUUCGUCACCUGCAGUUGGUGAAUCUGUUAACGUAACUUUGUCACACUCCAAUCCUGAAACCUCAAGCAGUGUACAUGCUGCUGAAUCUGGUGCAACAACUGUUGUCCAACCACAAAGACCAGGUGAAGCUGUUGGUAAGAGUAAUUCAAAUGCUGGAGACUCUUUUGUUAUACCUAAAACUACUGUAUCAUCUCCAUCUGCACCAUCAACCACAGGCAUAGUCUCCUUUGGCACCCCUUCCAGUAAUUCAAAUAUGAAUAAUGGGUCAAGACCUCUAUUCACUUCCUCCGCUCCUUCAGUAUUCAGUAAUUUGACAAGUCCAAAUUCAUCGGGUGGCCUGACUCUCACUGCCAACACAAACAGUGUUAUCGCUGCAACUGCUGUCACCACCAACAGUAGCAACGGUUUUAGCUUGGCUCAAGCACCUUCAUUUUCAACCACGCCUACGGUCAAAUUUGAAUUGCCUACUGCUUCAACUGCAGUCACGUCAGUUCCACUAAAUUCGCCUUUGGAAUCUUUUGAAGGCAAGAAAAAGGAAACAUUUGGAGGCAACAACACACAAGACAAAGGCCUUGGUAAUCUUAGCAGCACUUCGUUUGCUGGCACAUCUGCUGCCAUUCCAGGUGCUGCUAACCAGUUCCAGUUCUCUCUUUUUGGUACUGGCAGUGGAUCUGCUUCUAUUGCCCAGGCAUCAUCUACUGGAACCGGAAUUGCAUCUGUUGCACAGAAUUCAUCCACUGAACCUGGUUCGUCAGCAUCCUCACUGUCACACAGCUUUGCGGGAAGUACACCUUUCUCUAUUGGAAGUUCUAUUUUUGGCCCAACGUCUACUGCCAAACUUCCUGGUUCAGGAACUGGUACUGCACUUGGUUCUUCUACUUCCUCAUUGGAGCCCAGCUCCAUUAGCUCUAGCACUGCCCCUAACAUAUUUGCUGCCAGUUGGCAACCUGGUAAACCUCCUGUAUUUGCUACUGCUUUCAACUCUACAUCUUCGUCAAGUGGGCUUUCUUAUGUAGCAUCCUCCGUUGCUCCUGCUACUAACAGUGCGCCUAUUGUAUCUGGAGGAUCCUCCAUUGCUGCUACUACUAGCACUAACAGUGUGCCCUUUGUAUUUGGAGGAUCCUCGACUGCCGCUGCUACUACUAACAAUGUGCCUUCUGUAUUUGGAGGAUCCUCGUCUGCCCCUGCUACUACUAACAAUGUGCCUUCUGUAUUUGGAGGAUCCUCGUCUGCCGCUGCUACUACUAUCAAUGUGCCUUCUGUAUUUGGAGGAUCCUCGUCUGCAGCUGCUACUACUAUCAAUGCGCCUAUUACUUUUGGAGGAUCCACGGUUUCUUCUACAAAUAACAACAGUGGAUCUUUGUUUCAGUCAUCCAAUGGUGCAUCCUUAACUUCCAUGUUCUCAUUCACUUCAACCGCACCUACUAGUGCCCCGUCACAGCCUCCAUUUGGCAACCCCAAUCCUGUAUCUCCAUUUGGUUCCCCAGGUAAUAAUGAUCAAAUGAAUAUGGAAGACAGUAUGGCCGAAGACACUAACCAGGCAUCGACACCUACAGCCCCAGGUUUUGGUCAACAUUUCCAGUUUGGUCAACAGCCGAUUUUAAACUCACAAUCUGCCUCUGUAUUCGGAGGUACAUCCACAGCCCCAGCAGCAAGUCCCUUCCAAUUUGCAGGCCAACAGAACCAAACCAACCCACAGAACCCUAACCCAUUUCAGGCUUCUGGUAGUUUGGGUGCGAAUCAGGGGUUAGGGGGAAGCUUCUCAGUUGGCUCCAGUGGUGGUGAUGGUGACAAGUCUCACCGAAGAAUAAUUAAAGUUAAACACAACAGGCCCCGGAAGAAGUAAAAACUCAGUGGUGUGGUUGUUAGGAGUUUCUCUGUUUGUCUGGGUGAAUAUUUGAGUUAAGAGAUGGCUCUUGUCACCCACAAUGGUUCGACACUGAUGAAGGUAUAACUCGGCCUUCUCAGGUUCUGGACGGGAUGAUUCCUUAUGCUUUACAGAUAUUUCUUCCCCUUUUCUUUGCACUACCGAGCCAAAUUUUCGUGGUUGCAAUGAGAGCGCAAGUUUUUGCAAAUUUUAUACCGGUUUGAAGUCGGAACGAUUAUGCCUUUGUUUUAGUACAUGUAGUAGGUGAAAGGUUUUGCAUUAGUACUUUGUAGGGGAUAGGCUUUCUGGUUGGGCAAUUGCGUUAUCAGCUCUUCUGUGUACUCUGCUAUUUGUAUCAAAAAAGAAAACAGCUGUGAAUGUCACAGCUUCUCUGCCGGCGACCUAAUUUUUUCAAGUUGGCUUAGCAGGAUACCGGAUAUUAGCUUCUUUCCGAAUAAAUGUUUUAUUUGUUCCUA